GGGCUCAUUCGCAAGCUGAACGCGUAAGUCAUCGAAUCCUGUCCGUCCGUCACUCGCUCAUAUACAUCUUACUACCACAACUUAUGUCUGCUCGACGUCAAUUCAAUGCAUGUGAUGGAUUUGCAUCAAUCAUGGCGAGCAGCUCACAACAAUCGAUACAGAAAGUCGUUGCAUUUGCGUUGAAGUACUUUUCGAGAUGCGGGGAGGAUCUGUGGGAGUGCAUUGUUGAAGAGUGUCAGAAGGGUUCCAUCAAUCACCGCAUAAAUAUUCUUUACUUUCUUGACUCCCUUUGCGAAACAUCGCUACUAGCGAAGGCGCAUCAACUCCCAGAACAGUCGUCUUCAUCAAAUAAGCAAGUCAACAACGCGUUGUAUGUCGACUACGUCUCUCGGGAUCUGACGCAGAUUGUGGAAUGCGUUGUACCUGUGGGUAGGCAAGGGCUACCUAAUCUACCGAGUACAAAACAGAUCUUAGAAAACUGGCGCACGAAACGAAUAAUAGAGCCACAAAAAGUUGACGAAGUCCUCUCUUUGCUCUCUUCUAGAGACUCAGCACCAGAUACGAACUCGACAUCUGUGGCACCUUCAGCAGCAAAAUCAGAGCCCCAUCUCUCUCGCGGCGAAAUAUUCAAGCGCAUCGAAGAGGACCGAGAGCGACAUAAACGCCUUCGAGAACGACGGUGGGUUCAGGCGCAGCCUCACUCUGGUUCUGCAGUCCCAUCUUAUUCGAUGUUCACGCUUGCGAGUUUCUUGCCACUGAGCGACACAGAAAACGCCGAGCUCGCGCUGGAUAUAGAAUUUGAAAAUGAGUGGGAGGCAACGAGCGAUUGGAAUGAGGACGACGUGGAAGCGACUGCAGAGGAGAGGGAGCUUUGUCAUCCACAUUUGAAACGGAAGGGAUUUACGAAUGACGAAGACGAAGGCGAGCAAGAGAUGGAUAUAGAUCUGUCGUGAUAUAGUACUGUGCUGCGCAGUGCAGAACUUACGCGUAGUUGUUGUCAGAUGAGUUCACAGCGAUUGAUAUGCACAAUCAGUGUCAUGUAUAGCUGGAAUAAUGAGCGUCAAUGCGUUUCGAAGAUGCUGGAUGAAGAAACGGCACGUGCCAUGGGCGCUACUCAAGUGUCAAGUCUCCUGUCUUGAAGGAUUUAGCCGAGUAUCCUUCUUCCCUCUCUUCAACUAGUCGGGGCCUGUGCGGCGGUGGCCCAGGACCUAGGCUGUGAAUUUAUCUAGAUCAUCCAAGCUUGAGGCAAGUUCCCGGGCCGCUAUCCAUCGAUCCAUCGAUCUAUCAAUGCUGUGGUUGUGCUGACAUUCAAA